CGGGCGGGUCCGGAAACAUUUUGACCUCGACUCUCUUCACCACUCUCCUUAUUGAGUACUAGGCGCGCCGCCCGUCGAGUUCACUGAGAGCCAGAAGAUGCAAUGCGUCUUCUGCGCUUCCAUGCCACUUUCGAGCUCUGUCCUCCGACAAAAAUCUGAUCACAUUCCCAUGCACGGAUACCAGCCACUACUCGUCGCGCCACCUCCAUCUUGCAUCGAGUUCCCUUGCCAUUCUGCAUGCUACCAUGCACUUUCAUCAUUGAACAUUCAUGCCUCCUCAGCCAGCUCGCUCUUUUUCCGUGGCCGAGAACGCCUCUCCCAGUUAUAGAUCGACAAUUAGAAGUCGUCUCAUCUGUCGACGGGCUUGUGCUCGUUGCUCUCAUCCGUCUCGCUGUGCUUCACUUUCUUCGAAAAUAACCGCUUCGAAAAUAACUGCUUCGAAAAUAAACGCAGACUGUUCCUACCACACUUGCCUAGAAGGUGCCAGACUCGCGACGUUUUUCAAAUGUCUCAAGAUCCUAUUCGCAGCCCUCGAGCACUUGAUUUUGCAGCAGCGUCGUGACGCAAGUCAUCUGAUGAGAGCGCCAGAGUGGCGUCCAAAAUCACGCGAUCUUCGCGUCUCGUCCGAGCUGUCGGGCGUGCGGGCCAGCAGGCAGCGGUGACACUGACACGAUCAUCAUCCGCGCGGUCCUCCGCGAUCUUCAGGGCCCACUGGGUUGUUCUAUGUGUAGUGUGCGAUCCUGUGCGAUCACCUUACACCAUCAGCUUCUGCGCGGCGGCGGAGAUCUCGCCUUGAAGAAUGGGGCGGAUGACUCGCAUGAUGCAUCAUCACGUACGCUCUCUCGCUGUUUCAUCUGUCAUCAUUGUCGUCAGGCCUGAGCUCAGCAUACGAGAGUAGCAGCGCUGACUGACUGGCUGGCUGACAAGGCCGGCGCAGUCACGACCGUGGCUGCGGUUGUCGAUUCCGUAUCCUCUGUGCGAGCUGGUUAUGUUGCCCUACGUUCUGGAUGUCGCUGUCCGCAUAUUGGGCUCUCAUUCCCCCAGUGCAGAGAAUGUCUCGAAGUUAUUACGAUAGAGCAGAUUUGGCGCGCGGAUCAGACUCAUGACCAGAAUUAAUUUCGCGCUGGCACGAGCAAAAGCAAACGACCGCUUUGGAAGACGACUGAAAGAGUAGACUAAUAAUAUACUUGUUGCAUAAACCUGGUCUCAUCUGCGCACAAUGAGAAAACAGGGCUUGUCAGCGCACAGUAGUCAAUCUCUGUGCUAGCCAGUUCCGACUUGGCACGUUCUUAGCACGGGGUCCUUUUAUUGCGAGUACAUGCAGCGCGGUGUUAAUUACGCGAGCUGAUCAUGAUGUCGUUGCCAAGAGCACCUAUGUGGGGAGGGAUAUGAUCGUCGGGAUAGCCGGUAUGAGCCCGUCCUGCUCUUUCUCAUUCUCUCUGCCGCCGCCGACUUGCACAUGGUCAAGAUCGUCACUGGACCGCCAGAAAACGUCUCGCACGAAGACAUCAUAUGGCUUGCGGGGCCACGCUUGGUGGGGUUGAUCCUCAACUGGUGUUUAUUGGGCGUUCUCUCGACACAAGUCUACAUCUUCCACCUUAAUUUCCCGAAGGAGCGCCGGUUUCUGAAAUGGAUGGUUUACACUGUGUACCUGCUGGACUGGGCGCAGACCUGCUCUGUCACGUAUGAUGCGCUCCAGUGGUUCGUGCUCGGAUGGGGCAGCAUCCCGGACCUGUACGAUCUCUGGAGCUCGUGGCUCAAUGUGCCUGUACUCUCGAGCACGAUCGCGGCGAUAGUCCAGGUGUACUAUGGCUGGAGACUAUACAUCUUAUCGGGAAGCCUCGCCCCGCUCAUCGUGACCACCGUGCUUUCAGUCGUCCAAUUAACCGGAGGAAUCAUGGUCGGAUUGCUGCUCACAUCCGAUGACACCGAGAUAUCGCGCUCGCCGGGUCUCGUCGCGGCUGUCGCUGUGCGGCUCGGGGGCAGCCUCGCAGUCGACACGUUCAUCGCAGGAUGCAUGACGUUCUUCGUGAGCUUUCCCGCGCGCCUUGGUGGACCUCCCAUUGACUCUGCCCAGCUGUUACGCAGUCGCGAGAAGUCCAGCCGCGAGAUGAAUGGUGUACUGACGCGCUUGAUCCGCCUGGUCGUCGAGACCGGGACCCUGACGGCCAUCGCCGCCGGCGUCGACCUGAUCUUCUUCCUCAGGGCGAAGAACGGGCUGCACCAAGUGCCCGGCGUCAUCCUGUGCAAGCUCUACUCGAACGCGCUGCUGGUGCUGUUCAACAACCGGCUGACAAUGCAGCGCGACACGCUCGUCGUGCAGGACCUGAACACCGUCGAAUUCAGCGGGACGGCGUGGAGCGGGACGGACAGCAACGACAUAUCGUCGCGCUUCUCCGCUGCUCCUGCGCGGCGCGGCGGGAAUCCGAAGCUGCGGACGAGCGACAGCUUUUAUGUGUAAAUCACAGCGUAUAUUGAUCCAUCCACACGUAUCUGACCGGCUGGUAUCUGAACUAAGUAUGUACAUGUCUGGGUUUUCAGAUUUUCUGAAUGUUCAUGUCCGAGUCUACGAGAAAA